GAGAUAAGAAUUCAGCUAAUGCGUGAAGAAGGGGGACUUUUACGGCAUUAUCCACCGACGCGUGAAAAACAUGAAUAGUUAAACAUGUACUUGAAGCAAGGGAUCAUUGGCUUAUUGGCGAUAUUAUCGCUCUGCGCCCAAAUUGAAGCUCGAUCCUACGGAAGAGCCGAGGUGGAGAAGGAUGACGUUUCCGAAGAGAGUGCUAAAACCGAAACUCUAGCGGCUCCUCCACUGGCAGAAGAGGUCACCGGCCAUGUUGCCAAUAAACCUCAUAGGAGCCCCAGAAGUGCUGAUUAUGCCGGCACACCAUUGCAUGGUACCGAGUUUGCGCCUCAUGGGGGCGGCGGAAGCUCAGGGCAUGGAUAUUACGGAAACGGAGGUAGCAGUGGAAACACUGGACUCUACCCAAAUCUCGGAAGCUUCGGGAAUAUCGGAGGCAACGUGAACACACCGAGCUAUGGAAAUUCCGGUGGUUACGGAAUCCCGGGAGGCAAUACGGGCAACGUAAAUUAUGGGAAUAGCGGAAGCUAUGGUCACCCCGAACCUUUUGGAGGUCACAACACUGUUAUGCCAAAUGCGGGGAAUUACGGACGGCCGGGAUUUUCCGGGGGCUACAAUGUUACUCCUGAAAAUACCGGAAGUUACGGAAGACCUGGUUUCCACGGAAGCCAUAACGCGACGCAAGGAUAUCACGGAAACUACGGACGGCCUGGAUUUUCCGGGGGAUAUAACACGACUCCUCGAAAUACAGGAAAUUAUGGAAACUACGGUCGUCCUGGACUUCCCGGGGGAUAUAACACGACUCCCCGAAACACAGGAAGUUACGGACGCCCUGGAUUCCAAGGAAGCCACAACGCGACGCAAGGAACUUACGGAAAUUACGGAAACUACGGGCGGCCUGGACUCCAGGGAGAGUACAACACGACUCCUGGAUAUACCGGAAGUUAUGGACGACCUGGUCAUCAUAGAGGCUACAAUGCGACGCAAGGAAAUUACGGCAACUAUGGACGUCCCGGUAGCGUUGGCGGCUAUGAUAGAAAUCAAAGAAUUUAUCGGAGGUAGAUCGAGAUAAAAAAAACAUGCAAAUAUUACUCAAACAUCUUACACGUUACGACUUAGAAAAGAAGAUUUCUGCUUAGGAAUUUAUAUACACACGGUUUUCUAUGUAUUCAAUUCGCAAUUUAAAGCCUGAGACAAUGAAUGAAUACUCAAACUGUUUAGGAAAGAAAAACGGUGAUACAUAUGAUUUCAUAUUAUGUAGUCGAUACAUUUUUGUUAUAUCGACACCUGCCUGUUGAUUAAUAUACUGUUUUCAAAAAUCUCAUUUCGCAAACAACCGGCCUGACAUACGUUUCGUUUACUUCCUGUACGACAAUUAGAAGAAUGAACCAAAUGAAAUUACGUUGGGGGUCGGAAACCUUUCUUCAUAAGUAUGAAAAUUGAUGAUUAACAUACUUUUGAAAAAAUGUUGCAUUGAAUUAUUCCAAAAAUCAAUGUUUCAUUCACGGCUUGAAUAUUGCACUACCGUGCUUACAUGUAUAAUGCAUAACUAUAUAUUUUAUACAUAUAUAUAUAUAUAUGUAUAUAUAUUUCAUAACUUAUUAUUAUUCUUUGAAAUUAAUAUCUAUCGGCUAUGUAUCUUUUGCGAUUCGUAUUUGAAGUCUAAUUACAAUAUGCUAGAAGAUAUACAUAUGUGUGCACAUAUAUGUACGUAAUUUGAAUUCACGCAAAAACCAGCUAUUUCAAGGUUUGGUUCGAAUCAAGUUUUGUCAAAUUUUUGUGGUAUAUUUAUAUUCUCAUACCUAAAUACAAGGUUUUUAUUUUAUUACAAAUAAUUUUCUGUUCCAUUUUGUGUUCCCUUCUGAUGUACUUUCUCGUAAAUACAUUUGUAAGAGAUUUUACGCCAACUAAUUGUAAGCCACGUGUUUCCAACGAAAUUGCUCAAUGUUAUUCAAUUUAUAGACUCUGUACCCUUUGACAAAUAAAAGAACGCGCAUAUUCAUCUAUUAA